AUGGUGACGGUACACGGUUCCCAGGACUGCGACGCCCAGGGAGCCAUCCUCUGGCAAAGAGCCUUCGCCUCCGUGGUGCGUCCUUUUUGCAAUUUAUGCUGUUUCUCUUCUUUUUUGGAUUUUUCGCGACGGUGUUCCAUUUAGGUUAAAUGAUCCUCAUCUCAUUCAAGUCAUUUUCAGACGCGAUCUCCUGGCUCGACAGACAUUUCGGCUGUUGCGUGGAGCGACCUCGCCAUUACGCUUCGUAACAAAUUCUCGUUAGUUUAUUUAAAAGGCUGAAAAAGAAAGUUGACAGACUAAAAGAGUGAAAAAAUGUAGGAUUUUGAUACCAUUUGCAUGAGCAUUUUCAAAAUUUUUUUACAUUCAAAAAGCGUGAACUUUUACAGCCCAAUAGGAUGUUUAAAGCUUAAAUUUUCAAAUUUAUAUCCCUCAAAAUGUUUAUACGAUUUCAUUUAUCCAUAAAUUUAUCAUUAUUGUAAUGUGUUUAUAGAGCUUUUUGCAUGUGAUUAUGCCGGUCUAGAAAAAAAAGAGAUCCUCGGAUGAAGAGUUUUCGAAGAGUUACAAAAUAUUGAGCGAAAACCUUUUAUAACUGCAUUUCGCUAUUUUUAUAAUACCUCAAAAUGAAAAAUUUAAGGCUGUUCACUGGCGCCCGAAGACCGUUGUCUGAUACGGAUUUGAAUUAUCUUUCCGAAAAGAUACUUGUACCCAAUAUCCAGGACCAAAAACCAAUCACUUUCCAUCGAUUCGCCAAGGUUUGAGAGAGUGUUCUUAGUAAACUGAAGAGUGUGCAGCACAACAUGCGCGACGAAGUGAGCUUCUCUUUUUGGGAGUGGUUCUUCUCAAUUAUGCAGCUCAUCAAGCAGAAGCUGCUCAAAUUCUGGGACGAAGGUGGUCUUCUGGCUGACGAAUUUGAACAAAGAAAGGCUUGAGGCUGGCUCAUCGGCUUCAUCUCCAAACACGACGCCUCGCACUCGAUGAUCAUGUCCCCGCAUUCCUCGUUCCUGCUCCGCUUCUCCGACACACAGACCGGGGCGAUCAGCAUCGGCUUCGUCUGCGAAGAGGAAGACGGACAAAAAGGUAAAAUUUCGGAAAGUCCACUGGAGCUGCUGAUUUCAGUGCCGUUCCACCUGGCGCCUUUCACCAUCAAAGACCUCGACCAGCUCUCCCUUGCGCAGAGGAUCGCCUCAUGUCCCCAGCUCAGGGAAAUACGGUACUCUCCCUCUUUUCGGAAACGAACGAUUUCACAUGAGCUUUCCAGUUAUCUCUAUCCGAACAUUGACAAAGAAGAGAUGCUGCGGCAUUUCGACAGCGAAGAACGUCAUCGUGGUCAGGCUUCUUUCGCUAUUCGCUUCUCGCUCUCCUCUUCUCUUGUUAACAUUUCGACACAAAUGGGUUUCAGGAGGUCCCGACAGUCCGACUGGUUACAUCCAGAGCGAAAUAGUGAUGGUGGCAAAGACGUGCGGGUCAGUUUAAUCUGAAGCCUCGAAGAUGGUCUCGAUUUGCAGGAAGAUGUCCAACGCGCCUUCCAUGUUCGGAGCCGAUUCUCCGUCGCCGCUGUCGGUGCAUUCGAAGCUGGACUGGUCUCCAGGAGAGGUCCACCCCAGCCAAUCUAUGGACAUGUCAGUUUCCACUAGAAAAUCUGAAUUAAAGUUCUCGCCUAGUUUCGAAAAUCACUUUUUCUCAUGAAGCUGUUUUUCAGUGGUGAGGAUCUAUCGAUGCUGUCCGUUACAGGACUCGAAGGAGUAUCUGGAGAUGUGGAGAGUCUGCUCGGACCUAAUUUCAAGUUCGUUUGGUCCAAUAAUUGCGAAUAAACCGCGAAAGCUGCAGACCAUUCAUGCCUCCUGACGGCAACCAACACGUUGACCUCUCUUUCAUGGAGAUGAACCGCAAUCCGAUGCAGCACAACCAGUUCUACCGUCAUGAAUAA